UAAAAUGAAAUCGUUGAGAUGACAUCUGUCUAGGUUUUUGAUUCUAGACUUUUAAUGAGUAUAAUAUUGUUUACUAAACAGUGUAAAGGCUAUGAAGGCUCUGUGAGCAGUUUAUAACCUUUCAUUAGUUUUAAAUCAAAAUUUUAAUUUUGUCACAAAUUCACGGACAUAGACUUUCUGUGCAUCAAAAUUAUGUCUAAAGUUGCAAAUUACUUGAUUAUGUUUUUGAACAUGCUUUUUUAAUUAAUAUGGAUGACUUAAAUGAGAUUGCACUCCAUAUUGCAGAGUUUAUAAAAGAUCGUUUGUAUUUCGUAACACUGCGUAUGCCAAUUAAACCACAGUCUUCAUCAAGCAUUCAUUUUUUCUCCGUCGAUUCAGAACUGCAAUAUGAAAGUUUUUAUUCUGACUUUGGACCACUCAAUCUUGCAAAACUAUAUCGUUACUGUUGUAAACUAAAUAGGAAAUUAAAGUCCUAUUCUUUGGCAAAAAAGAAGAUUGUUCAUUAUACCACUCAGGAUGCUAAGAAAAGAGUAAAUGCUGCAUUUUUAAUAGGAUCAUAUGCGAUAAUUUAUCUUCAGAAGUCUCCUGUGGAAGCUUAUCAACCCCUCGUGAGCAACAACAGUCCACUGUUUAUACCUUUUAGAGAUGCAUCAUUCAGCCAGUGUACUUACAAUUUGACGUUAUCAGACUGCUUGCAUGCUGUUAGUAAGGCAUUGGAAAAUGGUUUUCUAGAUUUUGAGAAAUUUGAUGUGGAGGAGUAUGAACAUUAUGAGAAAGUUGAAAAUGGAGAUUUGAAUUGGAUCGUUCCAAACAAAUUUUUAGCUUUUUGUGGACCUCAUGCUAAGAGCAAAAGUGAAAAUGGUUAUCCCCUUCACUCACCAGAAUCUUACUUUUCGUACUUCCGUAAACAUAAUGUCACAACCAUAAUAAGACUGAACAAAAAAGUCUACGAUGCUCAUCGAUUUUCCAACCAUGGAUUUGACCAUAGAGAUCUGUUUUUUGUGGAUGGUAGUACUCCCAGUGAUAAAAUUAUGGAAGAUUUCCUAGAAAUUGCUGAAAAUGCUAAGGGGGCAAUAGCAGUACAUUGCAAAGCUGGCUUGGGUAGAACUGGGACACUGAUUGCUUGCUAUAUCAUGAAACAUCAUCAUUUCACUGCUGCCGAAGCAAUAGCAUGGAUUAGGAUAUGUCGUCCUGGAUCUAUAAUCGGACAUCAGCAACACUGGUUGGAAGAGAAGCAAGGUUUGUUGUGUUACCAAGGAAAUAUAUUCCGUGCCGAGAAAGCAAAUAGUAAGAACAACAAUUAUACACCCUCCAGAAUUGUCACAAGGUCAUCGCUACGGCGCAGAGAUGAUGGUGUGGCACAUAUUCUGUCUAAAGUUGAUAAAAUUCAGUUGGAUGACAGACUAAAUCCCAAUGAGGGUUUAUCUAGAAGUCGGAAGGAAAAAACAUCCCAAAAUGGAAUUUUAUGUGCUGACAACAAUGAUAACAACAACAACAACAGUGCCAGUAAUGAAGCAGAUGAUACUGUCACACAGGGUGAUAAAUUAAUAAGGAUUAAAGCUAUGAGAAGGCAACCUCGAUCUCAUACGACUGGUGGACUAAGUUUAGAGCAUUUGAAACCUCAUCCCAGGUCUUCUUCGCAGCCAUUUAAACCUCUCACUUCCAGUGCAGCUGCAUACCAUUCCACAUAUGUAUCACCACUAAAGCCUCUCCGUGCAUCGGGAGCUCCACAAGCAGAAGCAGUCGUCAGUCCCAAAAGUUCUGGCAGCAUUUCCACACCGCGUCGGCCAUCAAAGCAGAAUGCUCAGUCUAGCUCGCCUGCUAAACGGCGAAUGUGGAAACAUCUUGUUUCUUCGCCCGGCAACGCGGUACCCCACCGACCCUCUCCUCCCAAAUGGGACCUGAAUACUUUCCUCAGCACGAACUCUUCUAGUCAUUUCUGUACUCAUUCUUCCUUAACAUCCAACAAUGGUAACACUGUUACCAUCUGUGCCCCACCUCUCCUCUCUACUCAUCCCACGCGAGCUUUGGUUUCUGGAAGUGAUGACUUGCGUCAUAGCAGUGCCCCUCAUUUACCCACCAAAAAUGUUCAUUUGAAUAAUGGAGCAGCAUCGAGAUGACAGAAGGCCAUCACUUGUCCACAACAAAAGGCAAGGGGCCUGAGGUCACUGAAAAUUUCUGCCAAUACUACUCCUGUCUCUUUGAAAAAAAAUCAGCAAUUUUUAUAUGUAUCCCCUUCUACAGCAGUAAAACAUUCCAGUUAUAACUCUAUACGCUCCAUGCGACAAACCAGAAGGCAGCUGUUGUUACAACGUCUUUCGCCCAUGGUUGAAUACUUGUCUGCAGUUCCGGUCACACGUUCCCGAUGCCGGAGAGGAAACGAGAAUAUGUGUUGUUAUGAAUUAUCAUGGAGAGAAAGCAUAUCACAAUAAAGUUGUAUAAUUUCAAAAUAUUGUAUUUUACUAGUCGAAACUGUACCAUAUAUUCACUUAGUACUACUAUUCAGAAUUGACGACUGAUCCAUAUUGCUUCAUAUACAUGUAUCUGUUACAUCAAAAAUUGCUUGUAAUUUAUUCAAUUUUAUUAUAUUGAUGAAACCAUAUCAGAAUUACACUGUAGUACUGUUUGUGUUCAGAAGAGGAAUAAAUCUAAAAUGACACUUUUA